UAUUUUGCUUCUAUUUGUAGGGUGUGAGCGGCAUGUCCGUGGAUGAGAAGACUGAAGACCCCAUGUAUGUGUAUGAGUCGACGGUUCAUUGUACCAAUAUCCUCCUCUGCCUUAAUGACCAGCGGAAGCAGGAUAUCCUGUGUGAUGUGACUGUCCUGGUGGAGGGCAAGGAGUUCCGAGGGCACCGGGCCGUGCUGGCUGCCUGCAGCGAGUAUUUUCUCCAGGCGCUGGUUGGCCCAGCAGAGAAUGCCUUGGUGGUUAGCCUUCCAGAAGAGGUCACUGCCAGGGGAUUCGCCCCAUUGUUGCAGUUUGCCUACACUGCUAAGCUGUUACUCAGCAGAGAAAAUAUCCAGGAGGUCAUCCGCUGUGCAGAAUUCCUGCGCAUGCACAACCUUGAGGACUCAUGCUUUCGCUUCCUGGAGGCUCAGCUACGCAGAGAGGAGGACAACCUCAUGCUUUGCCACAGGGGGGCACCGGAGGCUAUCAACUCAGAGGAUGAAAGCAUGCAGUCAGAGUGUGAAAGACCCGCCUCCCCCAGGACACGGCAUUGUGCAGACACCCUGGCCUCCUUUCAGACUCCUGACGAUGACAGGUUAGCAAUGACUGUGUCCAGUAACUUGACAGAUGGCCGGCUGGACUUUGAGCGACAUGGAGCAUCAGAUCUACCACGAUGCCCAAAGUACAGAAAAUAUCAGUGGGCUUGUAACAAGCACAAUAAUGACACCUCCUCACACACCAGUACCUCAGGUUUUCCAAGCACAAUUAAGGAGAGCAGCAUCAGUGGGGUUCUGCCGGGUCAGGGCAGGCUGCCCGUGACACAGAUAAAAGUUGAACCACAGGCAGAGGAAGAGGCCAUCUCAUUGUGCCUGUCAGGAGAUGAACAGGAUGUCAGGGACAAGGACAGUGUGACAGCUAUGGAAAUGGAUAACCCCUUAUCUCUGGAAAGAACCAAGAGAAACAAGUCCUCAUCUUGCCUCCAAGCCUACUUCAAGAAAGGAAUAGACCUUCCUAGUCUGUCCAACACUUCACAGCAGCUACUCACCAACAGACUUGUCUGCCCCCAGGACAAAGGAAACUCUCAGGGAGAUCAUAAAAAAGACUUCAGGCCUUUUACUGGGGAGUUGGAUCUGUCUGUUACAUCCCCAAAGGAGGUAGAUAGUUUCCCUGCAGGGUUGUCUCUGAAGUCUGCUUCUUAUGAUGGUGUCUGCAAACAGGAAGUUGAGCUAGACCGCCGUAGUGUGAUAUUCUCCUCAGGGGCCUCCAACCGUCUGGGACCGCCAGCACAUUCCUACCCCGGUGGGAACUCUUUGGAGAUGGAGCUUUCUGAGCAAGUGACAAAAGGACUGUGGGCUGAAUCCUGCCAGUCCCUCCCAAACUCCCAGGCUUAUUCUCCCAGCACCACUUCCUCUGAGCCCCCAGCCCUGUCGCGUCCACGCCCCAACACCAGCUGCCCAGUGCCAAUCAAAGUAUGCCCACGCUCGCCGCCUUGUGAGACACGCACCAGAACUUCCAGCUCCUGCUCCUCUUACUCCUAUGCAGAGGAUGGUAGCGGAGGCUCUCCCUGCAGCCUGCCCCAGUUCGAGUUCUCCUCCUCACCAUGCUCCAAUGUGGCACGAUGCCUCAAUGUGGACCAGCAGGAGCAAAAUGUGGGAGGGGAUGCUCGUUUCAACCAGGUGCGACCCAAAAUCAAAUGUGAGCAGUCCUAUGGAACCAACUCAAGCGAUGAGUCCGGCUCCUUCUCAGAAGGAGACAGUGAGUCAUGCCAUGCUCAAGAGCGAGGGCCAGAGGUGAAGCUUCCUUUUCCUAUUGAUCAAAUCACAAAUCUUCCACGGAAUGACUUCCAAAUGUUGGUCAAAAUGCACAAACUGACAUCGGAGCAGCUUGAGUUCAUCCAUGACGUGAGGCGGCGGAGCAAGAAUCGCAUCGCAGCGCAGCGUUGUCGCAAAAGGAAGCUUGACUGCAUUCUGAACCUGGAGUGUGAGAUCAGAAAACUAGAGUGUGAGAAAGAGAAGCUGCUGACAGAGAGGAACCAGCUGAAGGCCUGUAUGGGAGAGCUGUGGGAGAACUUCUCCUGCCUGUCCCAGGAAGUGUGCCGGGAUGUCCAGCUGAGCCCAGAGCAGGUCCAGUCCUUACACCACUACUGCCCUGUGCUGCGACCCCCCAACUCCACUGCCAGCAACAACACAGCCCACGAGCCCAGGCCUCCCGCCAUCAGCACACCGGCCACCACCAGCAUCGACCUCACAGGCCACUCUGGCUCUGCCACGCCUGAACCCAGCUUCCAGGGGUUACCGGGACCCUCAGAGAACGAGCCUGAAUCUGCCGUCAGGAACGGGGCGGACCAGGAUACGGGGGGCUGCGACACCAGCUUGUACUCCACAUCUGAGUCUGUGGAAAAAUCCAACCAAACAGUAACGGUAGAUUUUUGCCAGGAAAUGACUGAGAAAUGUACAACUGACGAGCAGCCAAGGAAAGACAGUACCAAGUAGAGGUGGAUCUUUAUUCAGUUAUUUUGAAUGUUUUUCUAUUAUUUAAUUUUACUCCUCUGACAAACCUUUUCUCUGGGUUGUGAGAUGGUCAGCCUCUGCCAGUGUUCACUGAAAAACAAGCUUUGUAUUUAUGUCAUUUUGUGUUGUUUUUGUUUCUGUAUGUUUUGUUGAAAUGGUUGACACUAAAAUUGUCUUAACAGCAGCAAUACUGUUCUGCAGGCAUUCUCCUCUUACCCUGACAGAGUGGGAACCUCUCACCAAACUUGUACCAUGGUGCUAUACCCGGCCAGCCGGCAGGAGCCUCUGCAGGGGAGACUGCCGUUCAUGUGUCACACAUCACAACUUCAAGUUGAACCUCAUUGGACCUAAGCAGCAGCUUUCUUUUUAUACAAACAGGAUCUCUGUUUCUUCCUUUCUCCUGUCCUUUUCUCCUUCUACCGCUCUGUCUUCAGAUGUACUCACACACACAUACACACACACACUACUUCCCCAACAGGUUCUAGACCUGCUCUAGAGAUGUAGAGACACAAAUGUGUGCAGAAUCACCUCUAAACUACUUCCUGAGAGUAUAAAGGCAACUACCUGUUAACUCCAUAUGAUAGAAACCAAGUUUUUCAGUGUCAUUUUUUUAUCAGCAUCCAAUCCUGAGGAUACCUUCAAACUGUGAGAUGUAGAUGUGAUUGCAACAUUAUUUCUUCUAAUUAUCCUGAAAAUCUCCUGAUGAUUUUAGCUCAAACACUUUGGUCCUGAUUUCCACAUUGCUAUAGGCUGCCUAACAGAUGUGAAUGUUUAACAUUUCCAGGUCAAUGAGGCUAAAAUAUUACAGAAUUUAACCUGUAAGAUUUUAUCUUUGUUCAGUUUGUAGCUGAAAAACUGUAAUCAUUUGCAUUAUUGAUUUUUUUGUACUUCAAUAUUUUUCCAGCUUGGAGAUUGUGACUUCCAGCUACAAGUGGAGUGCAUCUUAAUUUGGGAGUACUUCACAUUGGACAGCAUUCGUUUAAAGUAUUUAAGUCAGGUGCACCCAUUUCAUUAACAUCAAGAUAAAUCAUCAUAACAGAGAAAUCUUCCAUCACAGAAUACAAAUGUUUUGCUCAAACAGGAGCAGAGUUUUAUCAACCUAAAUAAGUAUUUAGUACAGAUCCGGUUUUUCCAGUAUGAUGUAAACAGAGAUUUUUAGCAGCUCUAACUUUUUCAAGAAAGUUCUGAUGAGAUUCUGCGCAUAUUAGUCUAAACUUCUCAGAUGUUUGUGUGUGAAAGCAGCUCGUUAGUCUCUCUCUACCUCUGUCUACCUCUCAGUCCCACUCUGUCUCGCUCUGUCUCUUCUAUGAUUAUAUCUCAGUGGCCCUUUUCGUCACAAGAAUUCAAACUCAGGAAAGAAAAAUCCUCUGAAUGUUCAACCUAAUUCAUUGAAAAUGAGAUGAGAGCUUCUGUACAAUAGGAAGUUACAAUGCAGUGAGACUGUAAAAUGUUCAUAUGCAAGCAAAAAAAAAAUGUUUUCAAGCGUUUCCUAUUUGUAUUUCUGUACAGGAGAACUUUGUACAGCCUGUAACUGAGAACAUUCCUUCUAUGCCUUCCACAGCACUGAAAUGAAAGGAGAAUAAGGUGAUUAGAUGGCUAUUUUUAUUUCCCACUCAUCAGCAAUACCAUUGUAUUUGGAUGUUGUAUCAGUGAUUUUUCAAGUGCUUGUUUGGCAGAUGUGUAUAUAGUAUGGAGCAUGAUGACUGUAACAGUGAUUUUUGUACGUGUAGAAACGUAGGUGUUUCUUUUUAUUUCACUUGGGUUAUAUCAAGCACCUUUCUAAGGGAAAACUUUUGUUUGCUGUUUCCUGUCCUGCCUAAUGAAUACUUUCCAUCAUGGUGGGUGUUCUUAUACUCAGGAAAUCAGCUCAAUACAUGAAUACACACACACAAAACACACACAGCAUGCAUCCAUACACAUCCAACCAUGAGCCCCUUGCAUGUUUAGAAAUGACCCAUGAGAAUAUUUUUACGGACUGGCUCAGGCCAGCCCAGCUUCACCUUUGGCUCCUUUUUAAAUGUGAAAAACUUCUCCCCAUGUUGCUUAAUUCCUUUUAUAGCAGUAUUUAAAGAUGUUACUUGUCUAAGCUCUCACAAACACAUUUCUUUUGCUAUCGACAUUUUAAAAUUUAUCCAAGAAAGAAAGUAAAGAAUGAAUGAAUGAAUUUAGGCACUUUGUUUCUGGCCCCGAGCGCUCAGAGCCAUUAGCACUUCAGCUACACUCUUUGUCUUUAUUUUCUUCUAAGUCUAAACCUGGAGCACUUAAAUUGGCCCUGCAAGAGAAAAUGUUUUUGAUAUCAUUAUAUUAAUAUAUGUCGGUGAAGAUUUAGAAAGACAUCUAAAAGAAGUUAAUGUUUUAGUAUAUGAUUAUUCUCAACUCUGCUUUGUGUUUCUUUAGUAAUGAAAUAAGCUAAUUCCUGAUUGAGUUGACAUGAAAAGUGGUGCGUGUGUGUGUGUGUUGUCCAAAUGACUGAAAGCCAAUCCUGUAAGGUCGUAAAAUUGUUGCCCCGAUUGUGUUUGGUCAUCCAUCUCUGUGAUGUGCAUGCUGCCUAGAACUAUAUGCGUAGUUAGUUGGUCAAGCUUGUUUUGCCUUGUAAGUUCUCUCUUCUUUUAAAAUGCUUUUAAAAAUCCUUUCCCAAAAUGUUUUGUAUAAAGAAACUUAACUGUAUCAAACCUCACGAGAGGCAAGCUACAAGCAAGUACAAGCAGGGUUGAAUUCAGCAUGAAGCUUUGCUGCUUUUUCUUCUCUUUAAGGUCCCAAUCCUACAGGUAUGAUAGUGUAAUUUCUGUUCUGCUGAGCAUUUCAACUAAGGCAUAAAUAACUAUGCUAACUUUGCUAUUUUAUCUAUCAAAGUCAGUCUUCAAAGUCUACCUCCACCUCUGUCCCUGGCAUCAUCCAACCCUUCUUCACUACAACCAUGAACCCUGUUCCUUUUUGGCAGCUCCUCGACCUCCUCUGAACAUCUUCCUCAGCCUUCCCUUUCCUACAUUGAUUCCAGAUUGCUCCACCUGAGCUGUCCCUCUGAUAUAUUCAUUCCUAACCGUGUCCGUUUGGGUCACUUUCAGUGAAAACAUGACUUUGUCCAGCCCUGCUGGCUCUAUCGCCAUCUCCAGUUACCAUUUGUAGAGCCACCAGCUGUGAAGCAUUCAUCUCAGCUGGUCUCUCUGCCAUUCUUUGUCCCAGUCUUCCCCUCUCACAUGUUCUGCCUGCUGCUGUGGACAGCUGACCCCAGGUACUUUAACACCUGUUCUGCUUUCAGCUUCAAUGCUCCACCUGUGUCCCAUUGAUUGUAUCUUACUCUCCCAUUAACUCCUGGUAGACUAUGGCCUCUAAGACCUUCAAUCACAAUGCAGCAGUGGUGGUUUAUGUGUCCCACUAAUCCCAGUUGAUACAUGUUAUAGAUAUACCAAUUCAUUUGGAUGCACUUGGCUGCCAUAUAAUGGUCUAACCCAAUUUGGAUAUUAAAUACCUAAGUGUAUAUUUAUCAUAUGUUAUAUUUUAUAAAUGAACAAUGAACAAAUAUAUAAUGAGCUCAAUAAAACGGAUCACUAGCCAGUGGUUUUCCUAAAGCAUAACAAGCUGCAUACAUUCUCAAAGGGUUCACUUUCUAAUCCUGUUAGGUCAUCAGUCUUUAUUUUUGUCCCUGUCUUAGUAAGGUGUUUAUUUUGGCUUUCACCUUCAAUGUUUGGCUGUGUUUGACAGAGGACAUUAAUAAAAUCACCCAAAAAAUCACCACCAAUCACCAUGAAAAACCUGGUUUUUCUGCCAACCUGUCUGAUGCUGUGCUUUUUUUUUUGUCUCUUCUUGUCAGAUUAACACAGGAUUGGGACUUUAAAGUUUGGACAAGAUUUUUGGACGUUGUUCCUCCUAACUUUUUCUGAUGUAAAUUUUAGAUUAAGAUCUCAUUGGUUGUUCCUUUCUGUUUUUCAGCAGGAUACUGUCUCAUAUGUACUUCACUACCCCAUUUUUAAAUUUUUAGGAUUGAUCCCUUUCAUAGAAUGCACACAUGCACAAGUUCAUGUUCAUGUUACACACAUACCACACAUACACAGGUUUGGAGCAGAAGUAAUGAUAUUUAAAUAUAUAUUUCUACAUAUAUAAUGUUUUUGUUUGUUUCAUUUUUAUGUGCUGUUUUCUUUCAUGAACACACUCCAAAAAUAGCCCUAUGUUGACAAUUUUAGUUUGCAGAAAGAAAUGAUCUACAUUGGACAUUUUUCUGCCAGAUUAGGCCUAAAGAUGAUUCACUUUUUCUCUUGAGAAAUGUAGCCAAAGUUUAUCAGAGGCUCCUGAGAUUUUCUAAUACUUCGAUAGAGAACACAGACUCUUCCUAACGUAUUUUGCCGUUUCUCUGAAUUUCCAAAUAUAAUCCCAUUGAACUAAUGUUUUUGAGGUUUAGUCCCUGCUUUUAGUCCAGACUUUUAUGAUUUCUUUAUGCUCUCUUUAUGCUGAAAGGCUCACCCUAACCUUUAGCAUUGUAACAUGUAAAUGAUCUUUAACGAAUCUUGGAACAUUUGGGUUUAAGCCACAAAGAGAAAAUGGUUUUAUUUUUCAUUUUCUAUUUUUAGUUGACAGCAAAAUAUGUUUUACCACUGGUGGCUUCUAGCUACGUAAAUUUGUGUCACCAAGUUUCAAUCAAUACUCUGCAUUUCAUCACUAUACCAGUAAUAUGGACAUACCAAAGCUGUCUGCAUGGUGCGAGUAGAUGUCAGUCAGCCAAGGAUGUUUUAUUGCUAAUUCAGUGAAACACACCAUUAAAACCUCAGGGUGGUGAGAACUUACACAUGCUCUGGAUUUCACUUUGAAGCAGAGUAGAAAAGCAAUGAGCUGAAUAGUUUUUGGAUUUUUCUGCUCAUGAUGUUGGAGUGUUUUAUUUUCUUCAGGUGACUGUUGCUACCAGAAACAAGCUCUGUAUUUGCCCACCUGAUAGAUAUUGAGGUUUGAUUUUCCUUUUUUUUUUCUCAAUCUGAUUUUGAUCUCCUGUGACUGUGUGGAAGCAGCACAAUACAAGCAUUUCUUUAUUUGGUGUGAGGUUAGCGGGGAGGAAGGAGAUGAGAUCAACAAAUUCAGUCUGGUUAUUGUUAAACCAAAACUAGAAGCUGGAAGGUGCUGACAAGCUAUGCAGACGAAAAGCAAAUGCAGACUUGGUUUGAAUUCCUCUUUGUGUUAAAUCAGUUGCAAACCAAUCACAUUGAUUAUGAACAAAAUUUUAUGUCUUAUUAUAUGCAUGAAUUGAAAGAAAGUUGUGUUGACCUGAGUUGGUCUCCAGGUUGUUUUGUGCAGGUCAAACAUAGUUACAACAGUAUGAUUUAUAUAUGAACAUGCUGUAGCUCUGUAAAAUGAACCCACUCAUCUUUCUAUCUAGUUUUGUUACAUUUCCUUUUUUUUCUUCUUUUUUUUUGUCGCUGCUUCUCUGGCACAGACACUGGCAACUCCAAAGGUUGUUCUGAAAGAAUACGAACAAAAACAUGCCUUUUCACAGAUUACUCGACUUCAUUUUUUUUUAACGAAAGAAAAUGUGUGUUAUUUAAAUGCACAGGUUAAGAUCAUUGAGUGAAAUCUAAAUGUAAUAUGUUUACAGAUAGGUGUCAUGUCAUGUUUUAUCUAUUUUCUCCAUGUAAGAGGCAAAAAAUGAGUUCCUCUGACCUUGUGUUUCAUCCAACUUUUCGGAUGACUCAGCAUUACAUGGAUACAAGUGCACCUCCAAUAUUUGCCUUAGAACUUGCAGAGGCCAUAGUUCACAUUCAAGUGAAGUGAGUGUAUGCAGGGGCCUGGGCCCCCAUCCCUGAGUAACCAGUGCAGACUUGUCUCACACUUAUCUACCUGUGAAAUCCUUCAUACCUCUCAUAACUGGUCAAUGACUGUAUCAGCAAACUGCAUCAGGUGUUUUUCUACAUGCUUUUACACAGAUUAAAUGGAUUAUUGUAUUGGUAGAUUUUGGUGCAUCAUUUUUAAUGUAAUAGCUUCUAAGCUUGUAGUUCAAGUUAUUUUUUCUUAUUUUUUCUAGACUGUUUUGUGUUAAUAUUGUCCACUUGAAAUAGCUGUUAUUUGCUUAUUCUCUACUAAGAGUUCUUACCUAAAUUUUUAAUGCUACAUGACCCUAAUUAUUAAAGACUUAACAACCAUGUAAAUACCUUGUUGUGCAACCCCAUUUUCAUACAUUUCAAUUGCUAGUGUUAUAUAAAUGACUUUUUUUCGUCUAGACACCAUUUCUCUUUAUGAAAUAAAGAAACUUGCAUAUCA